CGCAGUCAUUGGUUGAAUGAGAGCGUCGAAAUCCGCAAAAUCAGUGUCGCUAGCGGCAUCUGUGCAGUCUCGGAGGAAGCUUAAAGGAAAACAUUAAUAAUUGAGUAAACAACACGUAACCUCACAAAAUGUGCAUUCCGGGCGUGAAAGUUAGCAAACUUUCGCAGAUAUUUGUAUUAACAAUGGUCAUAUCAACGAUAUUAUGUGAUAAGGAACGCCGGUUGCAGAUUGGUAUCAAGAAGAGACUUAAAGACUGUGACCUCCGGACGAAAAAAGGAGAUUUUCUUCAUGUGCAUUAUAAGGGAAUGUUUGAAACUGAAGAUGAGUUUGACAACAGUUACAUUAGAAACCAACCCUUUACAUUCACCCUAGGGCAGGGGCAAGUUAUCAAGGGUUGGGAUCAAGGACUCAUUGGGAUGUGUAUUGGAGAAAUAAGAAAAUUGGUAGUCCCACCGCACUUAGGCUACGGCGAGAAAGGAGUACCCCCAACAAUUCCACCCGAAUCGACGCUUAUAUUUCAUAUCGAGUUGCUGAACAUCGAAGAACGCGAUGAAUUGUAAGUCAAUUCAUUUGUAACAAACAAAAACGAGUCAUUUUACUGACGAACGAACAAAGAAACAAACAAAGCUUUACGAUUUACAUCAAGAGUACAUUAUAAAAAUACUUAUAAGUAUAAUAAUAUCAAUUCGAUAAUAAUGCCAAGAAUUAUUUUAAAUUUAAAAUCUCAUAAAAAUUACAAAAUCUCUCCACAUCAUAAACAAUCUGCAAAGAAAUAGUAGUUGUGCAGUUUAAAUGUCUUAAAAGUAACAAAAACAAACAAAUGAAACGUAUUUUGAUGAGCAAACAUUUAAACAUUUAAAGCAAUAACAUGUAAUAUAUUCAUAUAGGUGUAUAUCUUAUAAAAAGCCGUCAAAGCAGACAACAUUUGAACCCACAACCAGUUUGAAAAAGACUUACGACGAACAUUUUGCGCGAUUGUUAUACACUAGCGACAUAACCUCACUGUUAGACUCUUGAAUCUUAUGAAUACUCACCGUACUCACCACAAUUGUGCAAACAGUUUGUGCAAUCAUUUUACGUGUUAGUAAAGUUGAAGACAGGAUAGUUAGGCCUGAAGGUGUCGUUGUUCAUGCGUGUGUACUCGUUGUCGUCCGAAUCGCGUAGGUGUCUUGCACCGAACUGACUUUCUGUUAAUGUAGGCACUAGAAUACACACCCAGAUAAUAAAUCAACUAGGGAACAAAAAUGAAUCAACGAAAACAUAAUAUUAAACAAAUCGAGCUUGAAAUGAACAAAAACUAGGUUAGAAUUCAUACAAUCAUCAUGAUUGUACAAAUCAAAUCAUAAAAUUAGAUGAAUUACGUACCACUUGGAUAAAUACCACCUGGAUUCGCCCAUCCGGCUAAAGCAUCACCACCGGCGGGUGGUGCCGAUGGUUGCGGGAGAGAUUCACGCAUUGGUAUUGUACCAAUGGUUAAGGGAAUCUGCGCAGUCAGGUUACUGUGCAAUCCGGUGACUUUAGCUUCAAUCUGUAAUGAAAUUCACACGAAUUUAUUCAAUGACGAUAAAUAGUUGUAAUUCUAGAUAGGUAAUGUGUAAUUAAUCGCACGGAACGAAGUCAAUUACGAAUUCGCAAGCAUUUAAAUCAAUUUUAGCUCAAGUUUACCAAGUUUAACGUUUUUGAACGUCAUUAAUGUGUCUUGAUGUCUUACCUCAAUGUGAUAAAUGUUAUUUAAUGUCUAAAUAUUGUCAAAAUUAUUGUAAAACUUGAAAAUUAAUAAAGAAAAUAUUGAAAUAA